AUGGUUAAAGAUUUAUGUAGGAAUUUCAAUUGCAAUAUGUUGUGUCUUUUGGAAACUCAUCUAUCGGGUCCAAAGGCGAAUAAGAUUGCUAAGAGAUUUGGUUUCUCAGAUUGGUUUCUUGAAGAAGGUAUUGGUUUUUCAGGGGGCAUCUGGAUUUUAUGGAAUUCAAAUUUUUGGAAUGUUGAGGUCCUUAUGUCUCAUAGACAAUAUGUCCACAUGAAACUUAGAUAUGGUUUGGAAAGUUCUUGGUUUUUUACAGUUGUUUAUGGCUCCCCACAAAUUGGGCUAAGAACUAGUCUAUGGGAAGGUCUGAAAAGUAUUGCUGAUAAUUUGACUAGUGAGUGGUGUGUAGGAGGGGACUUUAAUUGUGUUUUAUCUGCUACCGAUACAGGGGGUAACUCUGGUCUCUCUAGAGACCAUGAUCAUUUUGCGGAUUGCCUGUUAGAGUGUGGGUUGCAGGACCUGGGCUUUAAAGGUCAGCCGUUUACCUGGCAAAAAGGAAUUAUUAGAAGACGGUUGGAUAGAUACGUAACUAAUGCAGCUUGGUCCCAACGCUUUAGUAGCGCCGUGGUAAAGCAUCUUCCCAAACUCAAAUCAGACCAUGUCUCAAUUUUUCUGGAGCUUUGGGUUGAUAGUACUGCUGCGUCCUCCUGUCGUCCCUUUCGGUUUUUGGCUUCAUGGUUGACUCAUGAGAACUUUAAUUCUAUGUUGAAGACAAACUGGAAGGAUGAAAUUUCUAUGGACCAAAAUGUGACUAAUUUUAUGGAAGCCGCAAAGGUUUGGAACAAGGAAGUUUUUGGUGAUAUUUAUCGGAAAAAGAAUAGAAUUUUGGCCAGACUGAAUGGUAUCUCCUUGAAACUUGGUUUCGAAGUGAAUCCUUUUUUGGAGGAUCUCCAAACUGAGUUAUGGAAAGAACUGGAAGCAAUUUUUAUUCAAGAAGAGAUACUUUGGAAACAAUGUUCAAGAUGUAAGUAG